AUGGUUAUCUUUCAAAAGGACAAGAAGAACACAAGCAAGCGAAAGAAUAAUAAAGAGAAAAGAUGGGGCUGCAUGGCUGCAACGCCACUGGCCAGCUCAACGAGGAGAAAUUCAGCCAGCCGAUGGAUCGGCCUCUACAUAGCUGGAGGUUCACUGGUGUGUGCGCUUUUCAUGGCAAUCGACACCUUUUAUGGGUUCUGUCAGCGGAAGCUCUGGUUCCCUUGCAAGUUCUUCUCGCUUAACUUCACUUCCUUAACCUUCUUAUCCAUUGCUACAAAACUGCCUGUGGAUCUGAACACAUCCAUGCCACGCCGUGAAGAACAGCUUGCCAAGCUCAGUGGCAGCAUCCUGAUUUGCACUACAAUGGGCAACUUCAUGACCUCUCUAGGAACUAUGGAGGACUCUGAAAUGCUCUCAAAUGUUUUCGCCUUGGCUAUUUUCGUGAUCACCGUCGUCGUUAAUGUCUCUAUUCAAAUGGGUACUGGUGUGAUCUAUGCUUUCUUACCCGAACACACUGUAAUCUUGUUUUUCAUGAUCAUUUUGCUUGUGGUCUUGGUUUCUUCCUCUUUAACAGUUCCAACAGCCAAGCAGCUGCUGGAAAAACAGUAUGAUAAGAAGCAAGUACUGGUUUCUGAUGGAGUGGACAAUGCUGAGGCAUCCAACGUUGAUAAAUCGAAAGAGGCUGUAAAAAAGUAUUGGAUGUUGGCUCAUACUAGUAGUCCUCAGUACGUUCUAGGACGCUUGGCUACUUGCACUGCUUCAGGAGCUUUCUGCCUCCUCAGUGCACUGAUUUCAUUGGAAGCUUCAGUUAGAUCCUCAUCCUUGCACUUCUGCAAGGGGGAAUCCGACUAUACGUGGUCAAGUAAAUUGAUUUUAAUUUCUCAGGCGAUUGCAGUUGGAGUUGUUACCAUUGCCCCAGCUAUUAGAUGGUUCAAUGCUAUUAGCUUCAGAAGCCCAGAGAGUCGAAGAAGAAGCAGAGAUGAGUUUAAGGUAGAGGAGUACUGGUUUGAGAGCCUGACAGAAUGGAAAGAAAGCCUUUUACCAUUCAGCAUUAGUAGCAGGCGGUUUAGAAAAAUCAACCAUGUCUCAAAAAAUCUAAUUCUGGAUGCCUGUAUCGGAGUGCAAAUUGCAGUAGUAGUAGUCUGCAAGUUCGUUGGGCUGGCUUCUAUACUGCCAGUGAGUUGGCUUAGUAGACUCUUCUCCUGCUGGAAGCGACAUGGGAAGGAUUCAGAAUCCAUCAGAUCGGAGUCAGAGAACUUGCAGGGUUUUGUGUUGCAUCUGAAAGGGGAAGAAGACUUGGUCCAUCUGAUCAUGAAAAGCGGCCGCGGAGACACAGAGCAAUGGAUUGAGAGGGGCAAGAAACACGAACCUACUCAUCUGAUUGAACUUCUAAAAUCAUCUUCAUCAGAAGGUUUCAAAGGUGUGGCUGAGUUGGAUUGCGACCAGGUUCCACCAAUUGGGGAGAAGAAUCCAAACUGUUGGGCUCUGCCUCUAGUUACACUCACAAGCAUCGCCAUCGCCAUUGCACUUCCCUACAUUGACAAAAAUAUAAUCAGAUUAUUACGGCAUGCCGUAGAUGAAGGCCUCAGGUAUGUAAGGCGGAUAGAAGAGAACCUGGAUGCCAAUGGGUGA